AAUUAAUAUUUGGGCAUUGUUUGCACUUUGCACCUCCACAAAUACUUCACAUCCAAAAUUCCACUUAUCCCAACUCCUAGGUAGAUGCAUCAUGUGUACAACACAGCGUCACACAAAAAGCACAUUAAAACACUACGUUUUAAUAUGCCUGCAGAAAAUGUGUGUCUCAUUGGCAUAACAAUCCUUGGUUUUCUUGGUGGCAUUGUUCUUAUAAUGCCCUUUAUAAAGAAAACCAACAACCCCAUCCAGUGUAAAAUUGCUGAAAAGAAAGUAACAUAUGGUCACACGAGUUCGAGUUCGAGUUCGGGUCAACUCCAGCUGGAGGCUAUUCUACACUAUGCCACAACAGCGAUUGUGCCUCAACAAACCAUUAAAGAAAUCAGAGUUUCUUUUGAUGUUCUACAGAAACUUGCCCCGUGCAACUUUCUGGUGUUCGGGUUGGGCCGCGAUUCCCUGAUGUGGGCCUCGCUUAAUCCACACGGCACCACCCUAUUCCUCGAGGAAGACCCGAGGUGGGUUUCCGCCGUGCUGGAGUCUGCCCCGAACCUGAAUGCUAGAGUUGUGGAAUAUCGCACUCACCUCUACGAAGCCGACGAGCUAGCUCAACACUUCCGAACCGAAAGGGAGUGCUGGGCUAAGAUGUCGUACUUGCGAGGCAACAGCCGAUGCAGGUUGGCAUUGGACUCACUGCCAAAUGAGGUGUAUGAGAAAGAGUGGGACCUGAUCAUGAUUGAUGCGCCACGGGGCUGGUUCCCGAAGGCUCCAGGAAGGAUGGCGGUGAUAUAUUCUGCUGCAGUGAUGGCGCGGAACCGGAAGCAGUCUGGGGUCACGCAUGUGUUCUUGCAUGAUGUGAACCGCAAGGCAGAGAGGACAUAUGCAGAGAUGUUUCUUUGUAGGAAAUAUUUUGUCAGAGGGGUGGGAAGGCUUUGGCACUUUGAAAUCCCCCCACAUUUUUCUAAACUUUCUUCUAAUACAACAAGCCAUCAAUUCUGUUAGGCUAUAUACUUUGGUGGUGGGGAAGAAAAGGAGCACACACUUUUUUAAUUAAGAAUAUUUCCCCAGUUCCUCCGUGAUUGCAUAACUAGAAAUCCUCAUUUCUAGAAAUCCUUAUUACACUAUAUACUCACUUCGCGUCUAUCAAAAUGUUGGCAAAGUAUAAAGUUCUGAAAAAUAAUCACAAUAUUACUCGUAUAAUAUAAUGUUAUAGCAUUCAUGAAC